AUGAACUACAACUCCCAUGAAACCACCGCAGCGCUUCUGUUAAUAUCAAUAUGGCUUCUGUCAGUCAGACAAAGGCGAAUCAGUUUUUGCCUUGAAAUGAAAUCAAAUUAGGGAAAGGUAGCGGGAGAGUCGGACAUCGUCCUAUUUGGCUGGUUCAUGUCUGGCGACGGGGAUUACAAGGGACGGAAACACUGUCAGUUGAGUUGAAUAAAUGCUGUGGUGCACGGAGGCCCCGCACGCGCACAAUCAGAAUGUCCCAUUAUACAGAUGAGCCUCGUUUUACCAUUGAGCAGAUCGACUUGCUGCAGCGGCUACGUCGAAGCGGCAUGACAAAGCAAGAGAUCUUGCACGCCCUGGAAACCCUCGACCGGCUGGACCGCGAGCACGUGGAGAAGUUCGGCUACCGGCACGCCCAUGGCGGAAGCGCGACGGCCGUAGUCAACCACGGCAACAGCAGCAACGCCACCACCUCUUCCAACUCCUGCACUACCUCCACUAACAACCUCACAGCCUCUUCUUCAACGACCUCUACGGCCACACAGACCGGUUACCGCGGCAAUGGCCUCUCACCAUCUCCUAGCAACAGCUAUGACACCUCCCCGCCCCCGACGGUCCCCACCCCCAUGCCGGUAGUAGCACCCAUGGUCCAAAACGGACGGGACGGCCUUGCCGCUAUGCCUAACGGGAAGCUCUCCCCGCCCCGCUUCACUGUUAGCAACACCUCCUCGAGGGCCUUCGCGUUCGAGCAUCCGGAUGAGGAAGUGGACAUCGAUGACAGAGUCGAGGAGCUCAUGAGAAUGGACAGUGCUAUAAUUAAAGAAGAGAUUAAAGCAUUCUUGGGGAAUCGGCGAAUAUCACAGGCAGUAGUUGCCCAAGUUACAGGUAUCAGUCAGAGCCGGAUCUCUCAUUGGCUGCUCCAGCAGGGCUCAGACCUCAGCGAGCAGAAGAAAAGAGCCUUCUACCGCUGGUACCAACUAGAGAAAACUACACCUGGUGCAACACUAGCGAUGCGGCCCACCCCGAUGGCCCUGGAGGACAUUGUGGAGUGGCGUCAAACACCCCCUCCCAUUAGCAGCACCCAGGGCAGCUUCCGUCUGCGGCGUGGAAGCCGCUUCACCUGGAGGAAAGAGUGUCUGGCGGUCAUGGAGAGUUAUUUCAACGACAACCAGUACCCCGACGAAGCCAAACGAGAGGAAAUUGCCAACGCCUGCAAUGCAGUUAUUCAAAAACCAGGGAAGAAGCUUUCAGAUCUUGAGAGGGUCACGUCUCUGAAAGUUUACAACUGGUUUGCCAACAGACGGAAGGAAAUUAAGAGAAGAGCCAACAUAGAAGCAGCAAUCCUGGAGAGUCAUGGGAUUGAUGUCCAAAGCCCAGGAGGACAUUCCAACAGCGAUGAGAUCGAUGGAAAUGACUACGGUGAGCAAGUAGCUGCUGACCAAGUUUUGGGAAUGGACGACAACACCGGCCCAAUAGAACACCAGGACCCCAUAGCUUUGGCAGUGGAGAUGGCCGCUGUCAAUCACACCAUCCUGGCUCUGGCGAGGCAGGGAGGAGCUGCCAGUGACAUCAAGACAGAGGUGCUGGAUGACGAGUGAGAAUCUUCCCUUCGUCGUGGAGCGCGGGAGGGAAGCCGAAGGAGAAAUGUGGGGUUACGGAAGCAAAGCCACACAGUUGGUGCGUGAACUGGGAUUGAGGAAUAUGGCCAGGUCGUGGAUGACCAAAGUGAAUGCGGAGACUGUUAACCCAACAUUCCCUCCUUCCACCUCCCUCCUACAUGUGACGCCUCAAUAGUCUUUUCAUUAAUACCGUUUUCCUACGCGCAGCAGGUCGGGGAGGCGCUGCGUUUAAACUGUUGAUGGAACUUCAUGUGUCAUAUCACCCUGACAUAUCCCAUACUUGGAUAGUGAAUUUCGUCUCUCAGUUUUCCUUCUUUCAGGAAGUCUUCUUUGCAGGAUAUAAGAGGUCAGUAUCAUACUAAAUGUUCACUGCCUCAGCCUCUCCAGGGAAAGUGUGUUGGGAAGCAUAUUCUCUCUCACUUCUUAACUUAUUUCUUUAUCUACGUGCAGUCCAGCAUUGCUGAAGUUGCAUUUUGAACUUGUACACUUGUCACCAGGGUCCAAAAUUAACACUCGCCUACUACCAAAUGCGUACCAGCGGCUUUGCCGAGUAAAUAGAACAAACUUUCUGGGCAGUUGUUCAGAACUGUAACAUAGUUGGGAGAUGAUUAAAACUACAUGUGUGACCCACCCGUCCUGGCAAAAUGAGUCGGAAUGCGCACGGGCUAAUUACGAGCUACUGGCAAAACAAGUGAAAUAUGUACAUUUUGGUCGAAUUUGUGGUUUUCACAAAAAUGAGUUCAUUAAGCCUUCGUCUAGUGAUCCCAAUGCUCCAAAUAGCAAUUAAACAUCUAAAAUGAUCUUUAUUUGUAUGUUUUCUGAGAGGUGUACCUUCCUAAAUCUUUCCUUUGUUUUAAUAAUCCAUGAAAAAUUGUCGUUUUUCUCUGCUCACUUCUCGACUACUGGUGCUUCCCCUUAACACAAGUUUGGUAUCGUUGUAAAUGUAAUGCGCAGCAUUCCAACUUUGUGAAUAUUCAUAGCGAAUUCUCGAUGGCAUGAGUGAACCAAUGAAAUGUGAUUUU